AUGUUGGCUGAUACUAACAUCAACAUAGAUAGUAUACCUCGCACUGUACCACCUGGCGAGGAAGGACUUGACUUCAGCCAUGAGGGCGGAGAGUAUGAAGCUUUUGAAGGACUGGCUCAACAGAUGGCAGAUCUCUCAGGAUGGCACACAAUUAUAUUUAUUAUCCUACUGAUUCAUCUGAAGCAUUCUCAAAAUGAACAUUGGGGUAAUCAAAUUGAAAAGCUGGUCACUGUGUAUCUUGACUAUCACACCUGGGAUGGUGGUGAUGACAUGCCAAUCUUGCCACCUUCAGAUGAACCCACCCUUGAUGGUGACUGCCUAUCACUCAAGAAUAUCGAACUAGUUGAUAUUUUUAGUAAGAAGCACGUGUCUUUGGAGCCUCAACCAUCUCACCAGUAUCCGAACGAAACCCUCAUCCAUCAUGGUUAUUUGGGCUGCUUGCCAUUAUGUCUCACUGUUGCCAUCUCCAUCCGGAGCCCAUUCAGUGAAUUCACCUGUCUCAGACAGGCAGCCGAGCGUGACAAUGUACUGAUGGGGACAGGCCAUCCCAUGUGGGCCCAUGGUAAUAAUUGUACCAUGAUAUAG